AUGGUUUCAUUUCACGAGGACUUCAAAAGUGAAAAAUGGGUCGUUCAUGCUAGGCACGUCAGCAAUGUGUCUGCAGUGGAUAGUGAAUUAAAUGAUGACUAUGGGAGUCCAAUUUGGAAGAACAGAGUAGAGAGUUGGAAGGAUAAAGAGGAUAAAAAGAGCAACAAGAAAAAGGGUACACCUAAGGAGGAAAAGGUGGCUCAAAUUCCACCUGAGCAGCAGAUGACAGAGAACCAGUAA